GUGAGCGUAUUUCUCUUGCCGUCAUUCUCAUUCGUCGCUUUGCUGCCUAGUUUUUCUUUUUACAUUCGGAAGGUAGUUUAGUUGGCUGUAAAGUUUAUUCUCGUAAUGGCUGCCACGCUAAAAGUGUAGCUUAUUGGUUAUGUCAUGUUUAUAAAUUUUAAGUUCGUGUGUGUAAUUCGACUAAUUCAACAAGUGUUUCGAACAAUGUUCGCAUGAAAGCAGCUUAAUCUCAAUCUCCCUGGAUCGUUUCCUCUUUCAUGUUUCCUUUUUUGGCAAUUAAGUUAUGGACUCGGCGUUUGUGUACUGUAUGUAAUAAAAACAUAAUCUAUGCUCCGUGAAAAGUGUCCGUAAGAACCAUAUUGAGUGCCAAGUGGUUUGUCACGAGUUAAAAUGACGGAUACGCGUUCGUCAUCGGCGCUGUUCAAGCGGGCUGAGCAGUUGAAGAGAUGGGAGGAAUCCGAUACCAACAAACAGUCGCCGACGCCGAAGCGUGCCUCGAGGAUUCAGUUCUCCUCGGGGAUCGUGUUCUUGGCGGCAUGCACAGCCGGGGACAAGGACGAGGUCCAGCGCCUGUUGAAAAUGGGCGCUGACAUAAAUACGGCAAACGUGGAUGGCUUGACAGCCCUGCAUCAGGCAUGCAUCGACGACAACCUGGACAUGGUGGAGUUCCUGGUGACCCACGGGGCCGACGUGAACCGCGGCGACAACGAGGGCUGGACUCCUCUGCAUGCCACAGCGUCUUGCGGCUUCCUUAGCAUAGCGAGGUACUUACUGGAGAACGGCGCAGAUGUAGGCGCGGUGAACUAUGACGGCGAGCUGCCGGUCGACAUCGCCGAGAGCGACGCCAUGGAGGAGAUGCUCCAGAAGGCGAUCGACGAGAAAGGGGUCGACUGCGAGAAGUCCCGCAACGCCGAAGUGGACACACUGAUGAGCGACGCCAAGAACUGGGCCGCGAACGGCUACGUCGAAGUGCGGGACCCCAAGACUGGCGGCACGCCGCUCCACGUUGCCGCUGCUAAGGGAUACAUUGAUGUAGCAAAAACUCUCCUGGAAGAAUGCAACGCCGAGCCUGACUGCGUUGAUUACGAAGGCUGGACGCCAUUGCACGCGGCCGCGUUGUGGGGACAGAAGGAGGCGGCCGCGCUGCUACUGAAAAGUGGCGCCGAUCCGCAUGUCAAUAACUACUCGGGGCAAACCUGCGUAGACCUAGCAGACCCGUCGAUCUCGGCUUGGCUCUCCGAAGCGGUGAUGAAACUGCCCCGGCGCAUCAACAACAACAACAAUAAGCGCAAGCGCAGCCCGCCUAAGCAGUACGACGCGAAGCGUGUCGUCGAACUACACAUCACGGGACAGGACGCUGUCAACGACAAGCCGGCGGCGCCGGAGAUCAUAACUAAAGUGGCGGAGGGCAAGCCGCCGAAGGGGCGGGCUCCGUCGCCGGAGCACGCGGAGCCCGAGCCGACGGAAGACGCGCCGUCGUGGCGUCGCUCCGCCAGCUUCAGAAGGCAGCAGGAGACGCCCAGAGAUAAUAAUAAACCAGUUAACAACACCGUAGACAACGACACCAUCCUGAGGAGGACGCACAGCUUCGAGAACGACAAGACAAGAGAGAAAGGCCACGUUGUCAGUUUGUUAAUAAGCCGUUUCGAUAAAACAAGACGGUCGAGAGGUUUUCAGGAGCUAAGUGCUUUGGAUCAUUUCUAUCAGCGCUACCGUGACGUCACGGCGCGUAUCAAGGCCUCGUCGUGCCCGUCCAUCCCGCCGCUGCCGCAGGCCGCGUUGGCCGCCGUCGAACUAAGGAAAAAGGAGACUAACACCACAGAGAAUACUAACGAGGACGUGCAGACCAGAAUAAACCCAUCGGAGAGGAGAGAGCGCGACGUGAACACAUGGACCGCACCCGCCACCACCGCCGCCAACGCAAACACAACCACCACGAAUGCCAUCACCACGUCACAGACCACGGUCAGAAGCACUCCAGAGAGCGUUGAGUCGAACAGUAGCAAUUCCACGCCGAGCUCCGCGACGCCCACAAAACUGUCGCCGGGGAACAUAUUCAAGAAUUUCUUCAAGUCGUUCGUUCCCCCGGUGCGGGAUGAGGAGAGUGAGACACAGAGGAAAGCUCACGCUAAACGAGUUCGUGAGACGCGGCGGUCCACCCAGGGGGUCACGCUCGACGAGAUCAAAUCCGCUGAGCAACUAGUGAAGAAAAAAGCUGGUAACGGCACCACAGAGAGCCCUUCACCGGCCAGCCUCAAGAAAACAGAAGACACGCCAGUACCUGCCACUACGGACAACGGAUCGUUCGAGUUGGAAGACGCGGGCCGAUCGUCGCCGCGCGCGGCUGCGCCUGCGACAGAGGCGACCGUCACGCUGCCUCUGCGGCGCCCUCCCGCGGGCUCCACCGCCAACACCACGUCCCCACCUGCCAACGAUGAGAGAGAAAAAGGCGACGAAGAGAAGGAACGCGAGAGCAGUUCUGAGAGCAAGUCGUCUUCAGCCUCUCCCGCCAGCACGCAAGCGGCGCUCAAUGUCAUCCAGCGCCGGCGCAGGCCCAAGCGACGCUCCACCGGCGUGGGACACGUCGACAUGGACGACAUCGUAAAUGACCGCGGUGGGGGCGGCGAGGGUGAUGGCGACACAGAAACAGUUCAGUCCGGAAGCGAACGCACCGAGAACCGCGAGGACCGCGACUACAAGAAGCUGUACGAGGAUUCGUCGAGGGAGGUGCUCCGUCUGCGCACGCUCCUCGACACCUCUGAACAGCAGCUGCGCGAGGCGCGCGCCACCAUCACCAGGCUCACGCAAGUGAAUCAAAAUUCAUCAUCUGAAAUCGAGAAAAGGGAAAAGCGAGCUAUGGAAAGGAAACUGUCUGAGAUGGAAGAAGAACUCAAGUAUCAACAGGCGUUGCAAGCGGAGAACCAGCGGCUCAAGGAUGAGAACGGGGCCCUGAUCCGAGUCAUCAGCAAACUGUCCAAGUAACCCCCACGCCUGCCACACUCACACAGACGCUUCCUACAAACUCACUACACACAACCGUGUCGCCUAUAUUAGAUAUUGACAAGUAUUCGACAGUAGAUACGCUGAUAGGUGACUAACGACAGUUGUCAUUCUACACUCGUUGAUUUGUCAACAGACAUUGGCCAUCGCUGGACCGAUCGGGUAUAUUAGGACGUGUAUGUAUGAACGGAGAUUAAAUGUAAAUUAAGUGGAACCGUUAAUGUAUUGUUUAAAGUUCACGCUGUAUUGUGUACUCGAGUCGCUCUUGUUUAGUAGAGUUUGAAGUUAUGUACAGAGUUAUAUGGGGUUUUCAUUUUAAUGGUUAGAAAUACAUUUCAAUUAAUAAUGCGUGUUUUUAUUUUAUCUAAUGUAUUUUGGGUUAUUUAUGAUGAUUAUACGUAAAUUUGAUAUAAAAAAGUAAUAAAAAAGAGAUGUAUUACGUUUUCUAAACUAUUUUAUUGAAAUGUUUUCUACUGAGAAGCAUUAUUGAUUGUUUUUAGAUAUUCCUAAGUCAUUAGAGUUCGUCCUCGCGACGUGAUCGACCGAGUCCCGACAAUGUAGUCGCCGCCACUUGUCACAAACGGCCUACUGUCUUAAUGUAAUGCGCCAUUAUAAUAAUUAUUGUGUAAUUAGUAUUAUUGAAUUUUAAUAUUGUUGAUCAUCACAUUAAGGACGCAACAAAACGUGAAAGAUGUAGAAAAUAUGUCCGUAAUUUUUGCGAAAAUUUGUAAGUCGUAAGAGAACAGUGUCUUGCUAUAUGUAAUUAGAUAUUUGUUGAUAUUGAAUUAUUUGUUUAUGGAAUAUUUAUUCGAUGGCCCCUACGGAAUGCGAUCUGUCGGUUCACUGUUCAAUCAGUUAUGAUUGAAGAAUUGCAAAUCAUCACAGCAUUAAUUUCAUGCAUUUAAAUGGUUUUCCUAUUUUGCUGACAUUUUAAACUGUUAUGUAUGAUACAAAUAUGAUAUUUGCCAAUUAAUUAUUAUUAUAAUAAUGUACUUGGUCCAAAAUAAAUUGCUUUAAACUUGACUCAAAAUCCCUAUAUAAAUAAAUAAAGAUUUAUAUAAUUUCCCUGACAAAUAUAUUUUUCUCUUUAUAUGGGACAACAAACAUAUUUACUUUGUUUUAUAAAAAUAUGACCACACAUUACACUGCAUGCUAUAAAUUGUUAAAUUAAAUAUUUGUGAUAAAAUAUACAUUUGACAUUGUUGCAUUGUUCGUACGAAACAUUUCCUGCUGGACCAUACCUAAAUUGUACCAUAAACAAUAUCUUAAGUUAAAAUGAAGUUAUUCUAUUCUUUUUAGUUGUUAGAGCGGGAAUCACAAUUAAAUCUUUAAAAGAGCCUGAUUAUUUAUAUAUAACAUAGUAUUGUGUACUUAUCUAUUCAUCGAAUGUACUUAUGAACAGCGAUUAUGUUUUGAACCACCAUUUGCUGUAAUGUUAAUAUCGCACCUUCAGUUUUGGGCCGAGAUAUGGAUGUAUGGAUUGUGUUUUUAAUAAUCAUAUUGUUCUCGAGGUGUCCUUUUGUGUUUAUAUUUCGAUGUAUUCCUAAAAAGAUAAGUGUAAAGUAGGUUAGUCAUUAUUAAAACGUUUUCGCGGCCCGCGCCGCUCUUAUAAUUUUGUGUAGUUAUAUGUAUGUAUCUCGAAUUAUUGAAUGGAUAAUGAUAUUUAUAUAUUUAUGUAUAGAUUUUUGUAAGCAGUAGUAAAAUGAAUUGGAAUGUGAUAUAUCGACUUUGCACGCCUUAGAUCAUAUUUACACGUUUAGUUGUUCGCGUUGGGUUUGCGAAUGUUUGUUGUUGUUUUCGGUCGUGUUCAUUCGGUAUCAAAUUUUCUGAUUUUUGGUGGCCCGCGAACCUCUGAUUCAUGCAUAAAAAUGCCCAUAUUUCGCUCAAUUUAAAAAUGAACUUACAUAAUAUCUCAUCUUGAAGAACGCUUGGUUAUCUUAAUUCUUAAUUAAGGGUUAUCCUUAAUGAUGGUACUUAAUAUUGUUGCCGACUGCUCUGUAAAAGUAUGCAGUAUAUUUAGUAUUCACAGGCAAUUCCAUUGUGGAUCAAGGCAGUUGCUGUUAUCCAUACCUUUCUGGUAAUUCUCUUAUUAACUCUCUCUCUUUUUCUACUCUCUUCUCAAGUUUUAAAUCUCUGCACAAGUUUCAUUAAACUAAAAUAUUCAAACAAUUUUCAAAGGCCAUGAAAAUCAUCAGAGCUUCGUCCGCGCCCGAUGAUCAUAGCUACAAACAACAACACCUUAAUAAUUUUACCAAUACGCCCACAUUUUUAAAUGACGCACUAGUCAAAGGUGACUUUAAGAAAAACAUCGAUAUUUUAUUGAACGUGACACGCUUUAGAAAUUGGAAACAACUGUUCAUGGUAAAGUGAACAUUUUUGUUUCAUUGCUUCAUUUUGUAAUUUUAUGGAAAUGAUAAACUAAUUAGAACAUAGAAUGAUUGAGAGCGCGUUUAUGUGUACUUACUGGCUUUAUGUGAUGGGUGGGACAUAAUAAUAUGUUCCGUUAUCGUAACUAACAAAAAUUUGCUUCGUUGUAGAAACAAUACUCAUGACUUUCUAUGUACUCAAAAGAGCCCCGCAUAUCAUGGUUUCUUAUAAGCGUUUCUGUGUUCUAUAGUUUAAAUUUUAUCUACAUGGCAUGGGUUCAAAUACCUUUUUAUUUUGGAAUAUAUAAAUAAAUAUAUAUCCUUUUUUUUCAUUGACUUAUCUAUAAUUUAUUGAACAGUCAAAUGUUUCAACCAUUUGUAUAAUCUCACGAUGAAAUUGAAUAUGAAUAGAUUUUACUACUUGACAGCAGACAUUACGAUGGGCGUUAAUGAUCUUCAAAAAUAUUGUAAUGUAUAAAAUUUGUAGCCUUCUAAACAUAGUGGUUCUAAAAUUUUUGUUCAUAAAGUUUUUAUUUAUUUCCAGAGGUAAGAGUUAAUACAAUAAAUUUCUUCAUUAAUUU